CCUCGCUCAGCCAUGCCUAUCUGUGGACCAUCCAACGCCAUCCCUUCCUGCGCUGCCACCCCCAGCGUUGGCUUUGGAUCUGACAACCGUGGCUUCGGGGGCGCCUUAGGCCUUGGGGGCUUGGGUUCCAUUGGCAGCGGCUACGGGGGCACCGUCUCCGCCGCUAGUCUCGGAGUGCUUCAAGGGGUCCACCCUGCUUGCAUCGUCCAGAACCCAGCAAGCGAGGUCACAAUCCAUCCUCCUCCGUUCCAAGCAACCAUUCCAGGGCCCAUCUUGUGUGCAAGCCCUGAAGGCGUUCAGGUCGGAGGCUACUCUCCCUGUGCUGUGCCCGGUUAUGGGCAAGGCUUGGGAUAUGGGGGUUUGGGAUAUGGGGGGCUCAGUUCUGGGCUCCUUGGUUUCAGUGGCUACAACCAUGGGAGGGAUGGCUUUUUCGGAUAUGGGGGGUUCAAUUCUGGGCUCCUUGGUUCCAAGGGCUUGUGCAAUAGGAGGGGUAGCUUUUUCGGACAACGUGGAAGCAUCUGCCUGUAG